AACACUAGGUGAGCGGUGUGCGGGCAGCCCGGGCGUCUUUGAGGGUAGGACCGUCGCGCGGCAACGCUCUGAGCGGGCGGAAAUGAAGCUCGUGUCCUGCAGAGGGGACGCGGCGACCCUAGAGGCUCCUAGCACCUUUAGUCCGCCCAGGAUCGCUUAACACGGUGCUGAAUCCCAAUCCCUCACCCUCCUCCGGAGACGCAGCCUGGCGGACCAGUCGGGUCGCUGGGAUGGUGCUCAAGGCCUUCUUUCCUACAUGCUGCACCUCAGCAGACAGUGGCCUGUUGGUGGGACGCUGGGUUCCAGAGCAGAACAGUGCCGUGGUUUUGGCUGUGGUACACUUUCCCUUCAUCCCCAUCCAGGUCAAGGAGCUCCUGGCCCAAGUGCAGCAGGCCAGCCAGGUGGGUUUGGCUGUGGUGGGGACCUGGUGCCACCGGCAGCAGGAGUCUGAGGAGAGCCUGGGCCACUUCCUGGAAGGUCUGGGUACCAUCUUCUCCCACAACCCUUGGCUACAACUGUGCCGGGAAAGGGGCAGCAAGUUCUGGAGCUGCAAGGCUACCCACCACCAAGGGCCUGGCAUCGCUGGUGUCUCCAGGGAGGAUCAUGUCAUUCUUAUCUUCUAUGACCAGCGUAAAGUACUCCUGUCCUACCUGCAUCCACCCACAAUCCUGCCUGAUGGCCAGGCUAGAGAUGCAACAGCCAGUUCAGAGGGCCUGGCUGCCAUCUUUGACACAGUUUCACGCAGUGAGGUGCUAUUCUGCAAAGACCAGUUCGAUGAAGGCCCCGUGAGGCUGAGCCACUGGCAAUCAGAAGGUGUGGAGGCCAGCAUCUUUAUGGAGCUGGCGAAGCAAGCUUCAGGGCCUGUCUGCCUGCUAGUGACCUGCCUGCUGUCACUGGUCUCAGCUGCAAGUGCCUGCCGGCUGUGGAAGUUGUGGCCUUUGCCCUUCAUUGCCAGCAAGCUCUCCACUUGUGAGCAGCUCCAUCACCGGCUUGAGCACCUCACACUUGUCUUCAGUACUCAGAAGGCUCAGAGCCCUGCUCAGUUGAUGAGAAAGGCCAACAUGCUAGUCUCCAUGCUCCUGGAUGUGGCCCUUGGCCUCACUCUGCUGUCCUGGCUUCACAGCAAUAACCGGAUUGGGCAGUUGGCUGAUGCCCUCAUCCCCAUGGCUGAUCAUGUGGCUGAGGAGCUUCAGCAUCUGCUGCAAUGGCUGAUGGGUGCUCCUGCUGGACUCAAAAUGAACCGGGCAUUGGACCAGGUGCUGGGCCGCUUCUUCCUGUACCAUAUUCACUUGUGGAUCAGCUAUAUCCACCUCAUGUCUCCCUUCAUCGAGCGUAUCCUGUGGCAUGUGGGCCUCUCAGCCUGCCUGGGACUGACGGUUGCCCUGUCUAUCCUGUCGGACAUUCUUGCUCUCCUCACCUUCCACAUCUACUGCUUCUAUGUCUACGGUGCCCGGCUAUACUGCCUGAAGAUCUGUGGCCUAUCUUCUCUCUGGCGUCUGUUCCGGGGGAAGAAGUGGAAUGUGCUGCGUCAGCGGGUGGAUUCCUGUUCUUAUGACCUGGACCAGCUCUUCAUUGGGACCUUGCUCUUCACCAUCCUCGUCUUUCUCCUACCCACCACAGCCUUGUACUACCUAGUAUUCACCCUGCUCCGGCUCCUGGUGGUUACUGUGCAGGGCUUGAUCCAUCUGCUUGUGGACCUCAUCAACUCCCUGCCUCUAUACUCACUUGGCCUUCGACUCUGUCGGCCCUACAGACUUGCCGCUGGCGUGAAGUUCCGUAUCCUAGAGCACGAGGCAGGCAGGCCUCUCCGCCUCCUGAUGCAGAUAAACCCUCUGCCCUACAGCAGUGUGGUACGCACCUAUCGACUACCAAGUUGUGGCUGCCACCCCAAGUACUCUUGGGGCUCCCUGUGCCGUAAGCUGUUUUUUGGAGAGCUUAUCUACCCCUGGAAGCAGAGAGGGGACAAGCAGGACUGAGGUCCCUGGCUGUAGCCUUCCUAGUACCACUGCAUGGCCCAUUGUCACACCUCAGCCAGAGUUCAUCAACCUUGAGACUGGGCUCCAUGUGCACCUGAGUGGGCAGGCUUUGUAUCAAGUUCCCAUCCUGAUUCUGGGGCCUGAUCAGGGCAAGCCAGGCAACCUACUGCCACACUCCAUCUCUCUCUAGCACCAUUGGCCUUGGGACCUGCCUCUGAUCUGCUGUGGUUACCACACUCUGCCCUAUCCCCAGAAACCCUCAGGUUUGCCUCAAGUGUGCUGGCAGGUCCCUGUGGCUGUCCCCUAGUGGUAGGUGGAGGGAUGCCUUUUGGGAUGCACUCCUGGGUUAUUGGUAUCUUCCAGUUGCUGUAGCAGAAUGUCCCCUACCUCUGGUGGGGAGGUGUUGGAGCAGCUCUUGACACCCAAUCCCAGGGAACCAGAGGCCAUACACCCUGAAUUGAGCAGGGCUUGUCUACUGGGGCUCCCUGGUGAGUAGCUGGAGGACCCACAGUUCUCCCAUAGUAUGCGUGUCCCUGAGAAGGUGGUCAUGGCUUUCUACCUGGUUGUCAGUCAGCAGGCAGUGAUUGAGGGCCCAGGAGGGGGCAGCAAGCCCUGCCCAUCUUUGGGGCACUCAGGACUGUCCACCUUGGCUUCUCUGCUGCCCACACCUCUGCUUCAGGCCACAUCAAUUUUAAAGCACCCAGUGAAGGAUGUCAGCUGGGAUGGGUCCUGACCUACCUUCUUCUUUUGUUAUAAUAAAACUUCACAUGUGUUUGGA